ACGUUUGGGCGUAUCUAAAACUGUGGGCAUAAGCGCUUGCGUUCACCGAAAGGAAACAGAUUUACCGUGGCUGCUCCAGGAGAAGUAAAGUUCUCAAUUUUUUCAGCAAUGAGUCAAGUGGCAGCGGAAAAUACGGUCAGCUUGGACCAGCAAUUUGCUGGUCUUGACCUGAACUCAUCAGAUAAUCAGAAUGGAGGAGGAAGUACAGAGAGCAAAGGGCGCUAUAUACCUCCUCACUUAAGGAACAGAGAAACAUCUAAAGGUGUCUGUGAUAAGGACAAUUCAGCAUGGAGUUAUGGUAAAGAUAAAGAUGCCUACAGCAGUUUUGGAUCCCGUGAUUCCAGGGGAAAGCCCAACUAUUUCAGUGAUCAUGGAAGUGGAUCCAGGGGAAGGUUUGAUGAUCAUGGUCGAAGUGACUAUGACGGUAUUUGCGGUCGUGACCGAACUGGAUUUGGCAAAUUUGAACGGAGUGGUCAUAGUCGUUGGGGUGACAAAUUAGAUGAAGAUGAUUGGUCAAAACCACUUCCACCAAGUGAACGCUUAGAGCAAGAACUUUUUUCUGGAGGAAACACAGGGAUUAACUUUGAGAAAUAUGAUGAUAUACCAGUAGAGGCAACUGGAAAUAAUUGCCCUCCUCACAUUGAAAAUUUCAGUGAUAUUGAGAUGGGAGAAAUUAUCAUGGGGAACAUUGAACUUACUCGUUACACUCGUCCUACUCCAGUGCAAAAACAUGCUAUUCCAAUUAUUAAAGAAAAAAGGGACUUAAUGGCUUGUGCUCAAACAGGGUCUGGAAAAACUGCUGCAUUUCUACUACCCAUUCUCAGUCAGAUUUAUACAGAUGGUCCAGGAGAGGCUUUGAAGGCUAUGAAGGAAAAUGGAAGAUAUGGUCGACGUAAACAAUACCCAAUCUCCUUGGUGUUAGCCCCAACAAGAGAAUUGGCUGUGCAGAUCUAUGAGGAAGCCAGAAAAUUUUCAUACCGGUCUAGAGUCCGUCCAUGUGUAGUGUAUGGUGGUGCUGAUACUGUUCAGCAGAUUUUAGAUGAAUAUAUCUUUCUGGCUGUAGGCAGAGUAGGCUCUACUUCUGAGAACAUCACACAAAAAGUAGUAUGGGUUGAAGAGCUAGACAAACGGUCAUUUUUACUUGAUCUCUUAAAUGCAACAGGGAAGGAUUCAUUGACUUUAGUAUUUGUGGAGACUAAAAAGGGUGCAGAUUCACUGGAGAACUUCUUAUUUCAAGAAAGAUAUGCCUGUACUAGUAUUCAUGGAGACAGAUCACAGAAAGAUCGAGAGGAGGCCCUUCACCAGUUCCGCUCAGGGAGAAAGCCAAUUUUAGUGGCUACAGCUGUGGCAGCAAGAGGUCUAGACAUUUCAAAUGUGAAACAUGUUAUCAAUUUUGAUUUGCCAAGUGAUAUUGAAGAAUAUGUGCAUCGUAUUGGCCGCACAGGACGUGUAGGAAACCUUGGACUUGCCACGUCUUUUUUCAAUGAGAGGAAUUUGAACAUCACAAAAGAUUUGUUAGAUCUCCUUGUUGAGGCUAAACAAGAAGUACCAUCUUGGUUGGAAAGUAUGGCUUAUGAACACCACUACAAGGGAAGCAGCCGUGGACGUUCUAAAAGCAGAUUCAGUGGAGGAUUUGGUGCCAGAGACUAUCGACAGAGCAGUGGUUCUGCAAAUGCUGGGUUUAAUAGUAACCGUACCAAUAGCAGCCGAAGUAGUGGUAGUAGCCACAACAGAGGAUUUGGUGGAGGUGGCUAUGGAGGUUUCUACAGUAAUGAUGGAUAUGGAGGAAAUUAUAACUCCCAGGCAGUUGACUGGUGGGGCAAUUGAAUUUGUGCCUAAAUCA